UCCUGGAGGCGGUUGACUUGCCUUUUUAGGUAUGGAUCUUGUGUUCAUAUGGUUCUGUGUCGUAUCCGGUUUUUCUCCCUGAUUGGCUUUUAACUAGGGAGGUAUUUGGUCUGUUUGGUUGACCGGUCUGAUCCCGAUGUUUCCGGUGCAGGGUCUUAAAUACCCGCGGAGUCUGCUCUCAUUGGUGCCAAAAUUUAAGGUGGAGCUUGUUGGGGGUUUAUGUUGCGACCUACCGCAGCGCCCUGCACAACGGUAUGUAGAUAUUGUUGUGUCGGGCUGUAUUCUCAAAGCCGUAACAUUCGCUCGAAGUAGUUGAACGCGGGGGUGAUGGGCCCGGGGUUCCGUGUUCUAUCGCUUCAUUUCUUUCCAUUUGGGGGACCUUAGAUUCCUCGAUCUCGUUGUUCUUGGCGUGGUCGGAUUUCCCACUAGAAUUACGGUUUAACACGCUAAGAAUUAGAAAAGUGAAGGACACUUUUAAACAUAAUGAAGCCAAAAAAAAACAAUGAUACUUUUGUGUUUACUUUUUGCUUGUAUUGCGUUAACAACAGUUUAUUAAUUAGUUCUGCAUUUUUGGAGCGUGUACCAUGAUUUUAGUCUCCCAAAAAAUAUAUUAACUUUAAGGACCUGAUUUCGCCCCGGUGUCCCCUACAGUUAUUGACUGAAAAGUUUAUUGGGCUUAUAAGCACAGUUAUAAGCAUCGGUAAUUCUUGAGGUUCCACUCACAUUAUUAAGGCUAUGAGGUGUCGGCAGAAGUUAUCUUCCGGGUGUGGAUCUGUUGCUACCGCUGCAUUUAUACUGUCCUGAGCUUGUGGAACGGUGGUGGGGUAGAAUGAGGCAACAAAAGCUCGACUUCAAAGCGCACCGAAAUACUUGCAUUCAGUUCUUGUUUAACGCACUAACGGAAGAAACGCACUAAGAAUAUUUUCUUUCUGAAUUUUAUUUAUUGUUAUAACAAAAAAUAAUUUUCUAUUAUAAAACAAUGUGACAACGCAAAAAAAAUAGAAAAAUCGUUAACCUUUAUAAAUUAGCCAGAUAGACCCCAGUCGCUCGACAAUAAGGAUAAUAUUAAUAUAAGUAUAAAUACAGACGCAGGCGCACCAGUUUAAGAACUAGACAUCGCAAAUAGUUGCGGAAGAACUUAAAGAAGUUCACCGCAUAUGCGAAUGAAACGCCAGGAAGCAAUUCUAGUUAGAUCUAUUAGAAGUUAGUUGUGUUAAAUAUGUUAACCAAAGCAAUUGAAGCACUUAUUCUAACUGUUUGGGGAUUGAAAUAAUUAUUAUUGGUGUUUUAGCUAAAUUUGUAUUGUGAAAAUGUUCUUGAUAUUGAACGUUUUUACCAAAAAAAUGGCACAAUCGGUGAUUACAAUGCGAAUGAAAAAUCUGCAGAGGAAGCGAAACGGAGGGCUUCAAUUAAGGUUCUUGGUACAUGGUAUUUGGUAGAUGCUAUAACAAGGAAGCUGGAUGCAAACAUUCCAAAAUUGAGAACCAUCAAUGUGAUAGGGUUUCCGACAAAUUAUGAUUUGGAAAUGCGAACGAUACUGUGUUUAGCUAGGAUGGAGACAUGCGGCAUGAGUGUUAGUAAAAAAUAUCUGCAAAAUUUAUCGCUUUUAUUGAAGGGUGAGCAAACCUCUAUAGAAAAAAUGUCGUAUUCGUUAGCAGGAAGAAGGUUCAGUUUCACUUCAUCUGCGGAUGUAUCCAGAGUAAUUGGUACAUAUAGAGGCAAAAAAGUUAGCACCAGGAAGCAAGUACUCGAGCAAAAUGAGCACCCGAUUUCAAAACUCGUUCUUUUGUGGCGUAAAAUCAAUUUCACAUUGACAAACAUGAUUUAUCCCCUCAUCAGAGCAUCCGAGGAAAAUCGAUUAUAUGGAUCUUAUGUCAGCCAUACUGCCACUGGAAGAAUUACGAUGCACGAGCCUAAUAUUCAAAUGGUGACCAAGGAUUUCACUAUUGUUAACCCUUUGUCCAAAAAUAAUGUCGUGAUUAGCUGCAGAAGCGCAUUUAACGCCCCGACCGACUAUGUGUUGGUAUCGGCUGAUUAUUGUCAAUUAGAAUUGCGUAUAUUAACAUACUUGUCAAGGGAUAAGGUGCUAUCAGACAUAAUGAGAAAACCUGGUGAUAUAUUUAAGUCAAUAGCAGCCAAAUGGAAUAACACCAAUGAAGAAAUGGUGGAUGAAAACAUGAGACAAAAUGCCAAACAACUUUGCUACGGAAUAAUCUAUGGCAUGGGAGCAAAAACUCUCGCUGACCAACUGGAGGUAUCCAUUGAAGAUGCCUUUAGUUUCAUGGAGAGCUUUCGAAAUACUUACUCGGGUAUUAAAGAUUUUAUUAAAAAAACCGUUGAUUUUUGCAAAGAAAAUGGUUAUGUGGAGACAAUCACAGGGCGAAGACGACUGCUGCCAAAUAUAGCAUCCCCCGAUUCCUCUAUAAGCAGUCAAGCAGAACGGCAGGCAGUCAACACAACGGUUCAGGGAUCAGCGGCUGAUAUAGUCAAAAACGCCAUGAUUACCAUAGAUGAUAAAAUGGAGCAAGUGUUUAAAAAGUCUCGAUUCAAGCCAAGGUUAGUAUUGCAUUUGCAUGAUGAGCUUAUUUACGAAGUGCCUGAAAAAUAUAUUGAAAAAACCGUUAAAGUUAUAAAGAAGGGAAUGGAAAAUUCGGUAUCAGCUUUUGGAUAUUUCCCAGUAAAAGUAAAGGCUGGAAAAUCAUGGGGUCAGUUAUACGAAUAUUGUAAGUAGGGAUCCGUACAGUCUGUUAAGUGAUUCAAUUAAAUACUGGAAUAUUAUGUUGCCAAUUUCGGCCACAAAUAACAAAUCGUCAAAAAAUAAUUAUAUUUUUGAAAUAUUUCAUGAGUCAGUACAAUUAUUAAUCACUUAACAGAAAAUAUCGAUGCCUUAUAUUAUAGUUAUAUACACUUAGUUGUGAUACAUUCUAGUGCCUUCAAAAUUGUUUAAUAGUCAUUUAUCAUAGUCAGCGUUGUUGUGGAUCCAGAAUCUGGUUAUUCCAGAAAGAACUGUAUCAAGUGUUCCAUAACAAGAGUCAUAAUGUCAAUUUUACAAAUAUCUAUUGUUAUCUACCUAUUAAUUUAAAAAUCGUGUGUUGACUUUUUGGUGUGUAGCUUAUUAUUGAGUAUAGAUGUUGAUAGAACAAAUUUUCAUGCAUACUUUCUACUUUUCAUCAUUCGCGAUACUACAAAUGAAAACGUUUACAUUUCAUUAUCGCAUUUGCUUUGUAUCAAGAAAGUUUAGUCAAUAGCUAUCAACAUCAAAUAUUCUUCAUAUCAUAGUAAUUACAAAUAUUGCUGGGCAUGUUUCGUUUAAUGCCUCAUAAGCAUCAUUCUUGUUUUAUUGCAAAUUAAUGAAGUGGCAUUUAUCGUAUUCUGAGGAAAUAUGAUCAAUUUAUAUUUAUUAA